GAGCAGCACAUGCCCUCGCACGCAUGGCGCUCCGGCCUUCGGCUGCGCAGUAUAAAUAGCGCCCCCCUCUGCUCUGCUUCCGCCCACACCCUUCAGCUCUCUUCUUGUUCUUGCUACCUCUGUGCUUAAGUGAGUGCAAUGAGAGUGCUUGGAAGGGUUGCUUGGGCAUGGCUGGUGGUGCUGCUGCUGUUGCAGCUCGCCGGGGCGUCGCAUGUUGUCUACGACGACCUCGAGGUGGAGGCGGCGACGGAGGCCGUGCCGCCGUCCAUUAUCGACUCCCUGCUGAGGACCGGGUACCACUUCCAGCCCCCCAAGAACUGGGUCAAUGAUCCCAACGCUCCGUUGUACUACAAGGGAUGGUACCAUCUCUUCUACCAAUACAACCCCAAGGGCGCCGUGUGGGGCAACAUCGUGUGGGCGCACUCGGUGUCGCAGGACCUCAUCAACUGGGUGGCGCUGGAGCCGGCGAUCGAGCCCAGCAUCCCGUCCGACAAGUACGGCUGCUGGUCCGGCUCGGCGACCACGCUGCCGGACGGCACGCCGGCGAUCAUGUACACAGGGGUCAACCGCCCGGACGUCAACUACCAGGUCCAGAACGUGGCCUACCCGAGGAACAAGUCCGACCCGCUGCUCCGGAAGUGGACCAAGCCGGCGCACAACCCGAUCAUCGUGCCCGAAGGCAGCAUCAACGCGACGCAGUUCCGGGACCCGACCACCGCGUGGCGCGCCGACGGCCACUGGCGGCUGCUGGUCGGCAGCGUGGCCAGGGGCACGCGGGGCGUGGCGUACGUGUACCGGAGCCGCGACUUCAAACGGUGGACGCGGGUGCGGCGGCCGCUGCACUCGGCGCCCACCGGCAUGUGGGAGUGCCCGGACUUCUACCCGGUGACGGCGGACGGCGGGCGUGCGGGUCUCGAGACGUCCGUGUCCGGCCCGCGGGUGAAGUACGUGCUCAAGAAUAGCCUCGACCUUCGCCGGUACGACUACUACACCGUCGGCACGUACGACCGGAAGGCCGAGCAGUACGUGCCGGACGACCCUGCUGGCGACGAUCACCACCUGCGGUACGACUACGGUAACUUCUACGCGUCCAAGACGUUCUACGACCCGGCGAAGCGGCGCCGGAUCCUCUGGGGCUGGGCCAACGAAUCCGACACUGCCUCCGACGACGUCGCCAAGGGGUGGGCUGGGAUUCAGGCGAUUCCUAGGACGGUUUGGCUCGACCCCAGCGGGAAGCAGCUGCUGCAGUGGCCCAUCGAGGAGGUUGAGGCCCUCCGAGGCAAGUCGGUCACACUCAAGAACAGGGUAAUCAAGCCAGGAGAACACGUUGAGGUCACUGGGCUACAAACGGCACAGGCUGACGUCGAGGUGAGCUUCGAGGUGUCGAGCAUGGCGGGGGCCGAGCCGCUGGACCCGGCGCUCGCCAGCGACGCGCAGCGGCUGUGCGGCGCCAGGGGCGCCGGGGUGACGGGCGGCGUGGGGCCGUUCGGCCUGUGGGUGCUCGCGUCCGCCGACCGGGAGGAGAGGACCGCGGUCUUCUUCAGGGUGUUCAGGGCCGCGGGCAACAAGAAGCCCGUGGUGCUCAUGUGCACCGACCCCACCAAGUCAUCUCUCGUCCCAAACCUGUACCAGCCGACAUUUGCAGGUUUUGUUGACACGGACAUUUCAAAGGGGAAGAUAUCGCUGAGAAGCUUGAUCGACCGGUCCGUUGUUGAGAGCUUUGGAGCCGGGGGCAAGACCUGCAUCCUCUCCAGAGUGUACCCGUCGCUCGCCAUUGGCAAGAACGCUCGCCUCUACGUGUUCAACAACGGGAAAUCCGACGUCAAGGUCUCGCACCUGACCGCGUGGGAGAUGAAGAAACCACUCAUGAACGGCGCCUGAAAUCUUCGCUAGAUAGGAGCUUGUAUGGUCAGCAGGUCAGGUUCACAUUUGGCGGGCCUUUUUCUAUUUCAGAUGUUCCACGUUUCUAUCGUAGAAUUGAUUGUGCUGUUGUGCGUGAUGGAUCGAGCUCCUUUAUACAGUGGUUUCGGUUGCACUUUGCA